ACAGAUUUCACCGAUUUCCACAAGUCCUCACAACUCUCUACAGCCCUCCGCAUUACCUUAUUUUCCUUAAAGGGUCUUUAUAGGCCUACACGACUUUCUUUUCAAAAUUAUCUCAUUUGUCAUUGGUUGCUUAUAUCAAGUAACACAGUAGAACUUACUUUCUCGUUUUCUUCCUAAUUCGUGAAACAAUUCACCGUUUUUUUGUCAAAUAACGGCUGUAGUAUUAAAAAAAGACGUGAAGCUGAAGCUUUAUAGAGUUUGUUUUGUUUUUUUUACGUGUAAUUGAGACACACAUUUCGAAUGUCUAAAUUAGCAAAGUUACUGAGCUCAAAGAAGGCGCAAAAGGCUGAAAAUAAUACACAACAAAAUGAAGAGAGUAAAAACGUCAUCAAUUCUUUGACAAAAUCGCUAGAAACAAGUUCUAUAUCCGGCUCUUCUUCAAAUACACAAGCACAAACGCAGACACGUGCACCGGCCGUGCCCUCAAAACUCAUGUCGAAGUUAUCCCAGUUACAAAAACGUAAACAACAGGAACAACAGGAAAAACAUGCUUCUUUAGCAUCUGAAACGAAAAAUUCACAGUCGAAUUCUAAGGUGAAUGACACUGCAAAUCUGUUUAGUCAAUUUCGAAAGCGAAGACUCAAUUCGCAACCUACAACACCCAUAAUUGACUCCAAGUCAAGCUUGAACACUGAGCCCGUUCCCAAAGCAACCCCUCUUAGCCCUAUUCCACAUAAUACUCCAUCUCCACCUGAUCGUCAUAACUCCCAAUGCUCUACUUCGUGUUAUGACCAUUCUAUUCAAACACCCGAUGCCUCCAUGUACAUGUCUCCCCCUUCUUCUUUUGCAAAAUGUCUCUGUUUUGAUAUCCACAAGCCUCCAAAGGACAACAUCGUUAUUCCCUACAGCCGUAGUGCGCUUCUGGGCUUUCAUGCACCUAGUCCAGACGACAUUGUUCUUGCCGCACAAUCUAAAUCAAAAGCGUUUCAGAAAACCGCCAAUAAAGCUGCUGUUGGAGGUGCUGCUCAAAAACCAAAGGAAGAUGUGAAACUCUCCAUUGAAGAAAUUACUAGACACGCUAAACCUGUGAUCCAUAUUGGCAUAUUUGGUGAUGUCGGCGCUGGUAAAAAGUCACUUUUGUCACGGUUCCUCUAUCAGAUCGGUGGUUUAGAUACGAAACAUGCCCAAAAGUGCCGCCUCUUGAAUUCAAGACAGUGUACGAUGGAGAGUAUUUUGUCCCAAUCAAACGAUUGGUACAAUUUUGAAACAUUUGCGAGCUCUUGCAGCACAACUCUCCUUUCCUAUUCCGAACUUGACCUCAAUGCAUGUUCUCGGCGACUGUUUCCCUUGGACAUGGGAGUUUUUGUAUUGCGACCGCAUCCUACGGACACAGAGCUACAGCACAUAUGUGAAGUUGUGCGCGUUCUUGACGUUCUUCAAAUACGUCUUUUCGUGUUCAUAAUCACCGGCAUGGACAUCGUUGAUUGGAGUGAGUCGGCAUUCACAGAAACUUGCCAGCUACUACAGCAGGCGAUUCAAAAACAAUGUAAGCAAAGUAUUCCUGCAACACAAUUUGUUCCCACGAGCGCCUUGAAUGGUGAAAACCUUACUUCAUUGUCACAAGGAAAACUUCGCAAAUGGUAUCGUUCAGGAACUGUCUUGAGUGUUUUGGACGAACUUUGUGAAAGUCUGGCUCCACAAAAGAAGGCACUGAAUAAAGAGCCGUUGCGUGCUAGCCUGGAAAGCAUUCAACUGGAAAAAACGGGUGAGUCCAUCGGUGAAGUGAAUGCAACGGCGUUGAUACAUUCCGGUAUCCUUCAACAAGACAUGCCAUUUUAUCUUGGUGCCGGAAAACUGGCGUGCACUGUAACCACAACGCAUUCCAUAACCAAUUCGUCACACGCAUUUGGAGUCUCAGGCGAACGAGUUCGUCUCUCGUUUACGCUUUCAUCAAAUUGCCCGCCGGUCGGAUCAUUCAUAAGCGGUGACUACGCGGUUACACACUCUUCUAGGGUUCUGUACUUCCAAGGAAUAGCCCUGCAACCAUGGAUGAGUAUGGAUGUCCAUACAAUGGAUCUCUUCGUGUGUGGUUAUCAUUGCAAAGCCCGGUUAUCAAUCAUGUCUACCGAGCGAGAGUCUACCCAGCAGGAAGACGGCCCAUUAGAGCUCUUUAAGGCAGAAAUACUUGACCAACCCAUUGUUGCAUGUACGUCCUCGACACUGUUAUCCAUGUCUCGUAUCAUAGCUGGCAACGUGGACGAUCAUACCGUGAACGUUAUUGGCUUCAUAACAUCCAUGCUAUAAAAGAUGCAGUACACAUCAUUGCACGAGUCAUGUUCAUACAAGCUUACAACAGUCUAUGUUCAACUGCCUAACCGUCGUCUCUUUCUACCCACACUCUCGUCCACUCACAUUUCCUUCGUUUCAGCCAGUGAAUUAGUGUAUCUCAAUAAAACGCGCUAAACAAAUUUACGUGUAAUACUGUAAAACCAUAUAUCCAAUAACG